AUGGGAGCUCUUGUGAGGCGGCAGGUUUCCACCGCCAACGAAUACGCCUGCAAAGGGCUGGAUAAGCUGGAGGAGAAGCUGCCCAUCCUGCAGCAGCCCCCGGAGAAGGUGGUGGCAGGGACCAGGGAGCUGGUGUCGUCCACCGUGAGCGGCGCGGUGGGCCUGGCCCGCGGCGCGGUGCAGGGCAGCGUGGAGAGGACGCGCUCGGCGCUGGGCACCAGCGUCAGCACCGUGGUGGACUCCCGCGUGGGCCGGCUGCUGGCCACGGGGGUGGACACGGUACUGGGAAAAUCGGAGGAGCUGGUGGAACGAUACUUGCCUGGGACGGACGAGGAGCUGGGUGAGUUGGCAACGGCGGCGGCAGGCGUGGAGGCGGCCACGCCGGAGCGGCAGAGGCGGUGGCAGAGCUACUUCGUCCGCGUGGGCUCGCUCUCGGCCAAGCUGCGGCACCGAGCCCUGCGGCGCUCGCUGGGUGAGCUGCAGCGGGCACGGCACAGCGCCCAACAGGUCCUGGCCCAGCUGCACCACAUCAUCGAGCUGAUCGAGCACGGGCGGCAGGGAAUGGACGGGUCCCUCUACGGUGCCCGCCAGCAUCUCCACCGCAUGUGGCUGGAGUGGAGCCACCAGGAUGCCGUGCCCACGGAGGAGAGCGAGGUUGAGGCGUGGACGCUGACCAUGCUGCGUGGGCUCCUGCGCCAGCUCCACGCCGCCUGCACCCGCCUGGCCGCCGGCGCCUGGGGUUUACCCAGCAGCAUGCAGGAGACGGUGGGACACGUCCGGCACGGCGUGGAGGGCGUGCAGGCUUCCCUCUCCCACGCUCACUCUUUCCACGACCUGUCGGGUUUGGUGCUGGCGCAGAGCCGGGAGACGGUGAUGCGGGCGCAAUUGAGCAUCGACGAGCUGCUGGAAUACGUGGGGCAGCACGCGCCCCUGCCGUGGCUGGUGGGACCCUUCGCCCCGGCGCUGGUGGAGUAUCCGGAGGAUUUCCCCAUUGAGAUGGCCAAGUGGGAGGGUUGUAUCACCGUGGGGGGGACGCACCAGGUGCCCACUCCCUCACGGCUCUGCAGCCAGCGCUGA